AUGGCUCUAUAUACGCCUUACAGAUCCACGGGAGCCGGGCCAUCGUCGGCGGCGGCCAGCGCCACGUCGGAGUUUGACAUCCUGAAGAACUCGCACAAGUUUCUGAGAGAAGACGAGGACGUGGACGAACGUCGGCUGUCUUGGGAGGAUCGGCUUGCGAAGAAAUUCUACUCGUCGCUGUAUCGCGAGUACGCGGUCUGUGAUUUGAAGCAUUACAAGUCCGGAAACUUCGCUCUCAGGUGGCGCACAGAGGAAGAAGUCCUAUCUGGCGCCGGAGAAACCACCUGCGGAAACACGAGGUGUCCGCUGCACAGAGAGUUCCCAGAUGGGGAGGACGAUAACGUGCGGCCGGCGCUGACGGUGCUCGAGCUCCCGUUCUCGUACACUGAGCGCGGGGAGAGCAAGUUCGCGCUGGUCAAAGUGGUGCUUUGCGCCAAGUGCUGCAAGAAGCUGAUGUGGAAGCGCAACAAAGAGAAGAAAGAGCAGAACAAGCAGGAAGAAGAAGAGCUCGCGAAGGAAGGAAGCCACGAGGCAGCUGAGAACGACGGAGGCGAGGAGCGACGAAGGCGGCGACGGCGAUCGUACUCUUCGAGCGACGAAGAUAGGGACCCGGGUGAGCAAGCACGGAAACGGAGGGUUUCGGAUGACGACGCGCGAGAGCGCAGUAGGAGACGCAGCUCACGUUCGCGCUCGCCACAUCGCCGAAAGGAGGGCCGUUCUCGUCGUUCGCCAUGA